UCUGGCAGACGCCAUAAUCAAACCGAAAACACGUGGAUCACACAAACUUCAUUCGUACGGGCUGAAUUCAACCACCAAAAUGGGUCUUAAAAUUAAGAAGUCACCAAAGCCAGUAACAGCUACACAAAAGAAGCAAUCCGUUCCUAAGAAAUCUACGGUUUCUCCUGCGAAGAAAGGAACUCAGAUACCCCCUGCUGGAAAGAAAACAGAGAAAAAAAAAUCUCAGAAAAAAAAUGUAACCCGUCCGGUUGACGUUCCAUCCGAGUAUGUUAAUAUGCAGGAUCCAUCGAUAACUUCAAAAUGUGAAUUACAAAAAAGUUCGGUUGAAGCUGCUGUUAGCGCAGCUUUCAAAGCACAUGAGCUAACUCUUCAGAAAACGAAAGGUGGACAACUAUUUGACAGCGAACCACACCCUAUAAAUCUUCUUGUGUCAGCCAUAAAGAUUUCAAGUUCUGAUCCACAACCCUUUAGAGUUAAGGUACCACAUCCAUUUUUGAAUGAUGAGUGUGACAUUUGUUUGAUUGUCCAAGAUUUGGAAAAAGGAUGGAAGGUUAAUCAUGAACCUACCACUCAACACUAUCAAGAACUUCUUGACAGCAAAAAUGUUUCUUUCAUAUCUGAAGUAAUGCCCCUGAGACAGUUGAGAAUUGAAUUUAAACCAUUUGAGGCAAGAGGAAAAUUUGCUAAGCGUUUUGAUGUUGUAUUGGUUGACAAAAGAAUUGCCAAGUUUAUUCCAAGAUAUCUUGGUAAAGCAUUUUAUCAAGCUGGAAAAUUACCUGUGUCAAUCGAUAUUGAAGCUGAAGAUCUUUUAGCCGAAGUUAACCGAGCUCUAGCUACAAGUAUGAUGUCUAUGUCGAAUAAAGGCUCAAGUACACAGAUGCAGGUUGGAUUGUCAAACCAAACUGAGAAGCAAAUAAUCGAGAAUAUCAUGGCAGUUUAUGAAAGCAUGCCAAAACAUUUCCCCGGGAAAUUUGAAAAUAUUCGUAGCUUAUAUAUUAGAUUCGGAAACAACACAUGGACUGUUCCAAUCUACGUCAGUUUUGCCACUCGAGAUUCCGUUACAUUGCCAGUCUCCAAGAAACGCGACGAGCCCCUGAUCGACGAUCUUAGCACACUUGCACCUGGUUGGAAAAUUGCUGUUUACCCUAGCGGUGAAGUUAAAAAGAUUAAAGACGAAGGAUACCAACAUACGGAUUUGGACGCUGCUAUUGAAGACAUUGAAGCGCCUGAAAAGGUUUUGGAACUAGAUGGCGACGAAGACAUGUCUGAUGCUGAAAUCGACGAAAAGAAAACAGCUGCAGCCAAGACGUCACGCAAAGCUCCCAAAAAUGUGAAGAAGACGAAAAGAACAACUGAAGCAUCUGAUGUUGAAGACGAACCCAAAAGUCAAGAUAAAUCAGAAAAGAUUUCAAAGAAAAAGAAAGCGAAACCAGCUGAUGACAGCAGUGAAGACGAAGGCGAUGCAUUGGAAGAAGAGUACAUGAAAGAAUUAGAUAUUCUAGAAGAGAAAAUAGUUGGAGCAAACCCUGAAGAAGGUGACGACGCUGAAGAUGGUGACGACGCUGAAGAUGGUGACGACGCUGAAGAUGAUGUUGAAGAAGCUGUCGAAGAAGAGGUAAAGAAAGCCGAUUCGAAACCUAAGCAGAUCAAGAAGAAAACAUUGAAAAAAAUGAACAUUAAGAAAAAAGCCAAACGCGCGUAAAUGCCUGUCUUUUAAUUAUGUUUUGUAUUCCUUGAACUGCUGGACAAAAAUAAAAUACCAUGAUCGGCAA